AUGGCCUCAAAACCAUAUGUGCCGAAUAUCUACAUCAUCGGACCGCAAUCUACGGGCAAAACAACACUAGUCAACGAGUUACAGGCUGAUCUAGAGCACGGGCUCGUCGACUCAUCAAUCGAUAAGCCACAAAUCGUCUCCGAGGUCGCCAGAAGUGUUCUCGCAAAACACAAAUACUCAGCAGAAGAUAUCCGAACAUCCAAAGUCAGGUGCCUCGAGCUCCAGCAACUCAUUCUCCAAGCACAAGCAGAGGCCGAGAAGGAAGCUCUCAAGACCUCGAGCUGGUUCAUAUCCGACCGUUCCGGGUUCGAUCCAUUGGUCUACGCAAAACGAUAUGCCUCCCCAGGAGUCGAGCAAGAGCUGCAGCAACUCGAAGCCUGGAAACAAGUCAAGGCAAGAAUGGAGACAUCUUUGAUCGUGGUCUGCGAAGCGGGCACCCCGUGGUUGAUGGAUGAUGGCGUGCGACUUAUGCCCGGAAGCGAGACAGAGUGGAUGCAAGUCUUUGAUGACUUUUGUCAAAUGUUGGAUGAGGUUGGCUUGGAGUAUUCUGUGGUGCCUCGGACGGUGUUGGAUAUCUCAGAGCGGGCAGAGCUUGUAUGGGCCAAGUGGAUCGAGAGACGACAAUCUCUGACGAGCGGUCAGUCAGAUUGA